AGCAGAAUGAAUGAAGAGCAAGUUAAGGCUCGCCCCUCCACUGCCAUUGCAAACUCUUCUAUUUUUGAUUUCUCCAAAAAGCUAUUUCUUCCAAUGUGCUGCAAGUAACAACGUGCUUCGUGCAGGUUAGUCAAUGAAUUAGACCAGGAUUCUGCCUGCAGCACAUUGAGACAAAAUUCUCUGCCAGAGCUUAGAGGUGACAAUGAGGACACACUCCCCUAGUCUAUUUGCCCCCAUUGCCCCAUGGAAUUUGAUGGCAUUUGAACAUCAGAGCACAGGAAUGUCCUUGACCAAUCCUAUAGAACUGCUCCUUUGAGAAAGAUGGAAAGUGUGCUGAGUUGAGUUUUCUCCUGAGGGUUCCUGUAAAACAGAUCUUGCCUUGUGAGAUGGGGGUGCUCCCCUUUCUCCCCAUUUCAGGAUUCACCUAACUGGGAUGGGGAAGAGGGGAUAUUCCAGACAAAUUCUGGAACAAAGGGAGAAAAUGUGGCAUGCAAGCUUCUCCCCCUUGCCAUUUCAUCCUCACAACAGCCCUGUGAGGAAGGUUAAGCUGAGAGACUAUGACUGGCACAAAGUCAACCCAGCGAACUUCAUGGCAGAGUGGGGAUUUGGACCCUGGUGUCCCAGACCAGACCCUACUCUGCCACUACACCCCUCCGGCUCAAAAGCAAUAAAUGCAUCCAAGCGUGGGACACUUGUGCUAUAACUCCCUUCACUUAGGGGCAGCAGUGCUGGCGGAGGCAUGAAGAGAAGCAGAAGCAAUCUGAGGAGUGCAAAACUCUGGAAGGAGCUGCAAGUUCCUCUCUCCUUCCCACCGCAUUCCUUGAAAUAUGGUUCCCCGAGGUCAGAAAAAUGGAACGGAAGUACAGUUGACUGAAACGUCAUCACUGGUUGUUGCACAUCUGCCUCUCUGUUCCCUUGAGAACCGCAGGCGUAGAGUGCCAGGAACAAAGACAGAAGACAGGGACAAAGGGGGAAGCCAUGAAAACGAUCGCAUGUUAACUAGGGACAUUAAAAAAGAAAAGAAAAUCCCUGGAAUGUUGAUAUUGCCACCCUUGCUUCUUCUUAACAGCUGCUGGGAAUCACAAGGUGUAGUGAUGGUCAUCACCUUUGGAUAGAUUUAAAAGGGAAUUGGACCCUUAGAUUAGGGUAUCAGUGGUGACCAGCCAUGAUGGCUACAUUCUACCUCCACUGUCGGAAGCAGUCAAUUUCUGAUCGCCAGUUGCUGGGAAUCACAAGCGGGGACAAAGCUGACCUGUGCUUGUGUCCUGCUUGUGGGCUUUCCAUAGGCAUCUGUUUGGCAACUGUGGGAAGAGGAUACUGGAUUAGAUGGGCCUUCAGCAGACCUCUGGGACGCGGGUGGCACUGUGGGUUAAACCACUGAGCCUAGGACUUGCCGAUCAGAAAGUCGGCGGUUCGAAUCCCCGCGACGGGGGGAGCUCCCGUUGCUGCUAGGUUGUUCCUGCUCCUGCCACCCUAGCAGUUCAAAAGCACAUCAAAGUGCAAGUAGAUAAAUAGGUACCGCUCCAGCGGGAAGGUAAACGGCGUUUCCGUGCGCUGCUCUGGUUCGCCAGAAGCGGCUUAGUCAUGCUGGCCACAUGACCCGGAAGCUGUACGCCGGCUCCCUCGUCCAAUAAAGCGAGAUGAGCGCCGCAACCCCAGAGUCAGCCACGACUGGACCUAAUGGUCAGGGGUCCCUUUACCUUUUACAGCAGACCUCUAUUGCAACAUGUUCUAAGACCAUAGGUUUGGAAGAACUCCUCAGCUCAGGAACUGGUUUCAGUCGACAAGGUUAGGCAGAUAAUGGAGGAAGUGCUCCAUUACAGCGCAAUUCUAGGCACCUUGACUCAGAAGCAAUUCGCACUGAGCUCAAUGGCAGCUUGCGCUCUAGCAAGCAAGUUUACAACUGCACUGUCGGUCAGCAAGUAGGGAUGGAGAAAAUUUCGGAAAAUGGGUGUGUGUGAAUAAUUAAUGCAGGAUGGUAUGCAGAUUAGGCUGAACAGUUAUGUUGUUGCUGUUAACUUUGCUGUCUGGUCUUUGAUCGCAAUAAAGAUUGAUUGAUUGAUGCCAUGAAAAGUUGUGAUUCCCGUUUUGUCCCUGUCCUUUGCCUUUGGAGAAGGAACUUGCCAUUGCCAGCUCUAGCUUUGCUUCCUCCCCUGAGAUGAUCUUCAGUCCAUUUUUUACUGGACGCAGAGCAAUAAGAGAUCAGAAUUGAUUGUCUGAACAGCUAUAGCUCAGCAUCUGCCUUGCAUGCAGAAUAUCUCCCAGGUUCAAUUCCCAGCAUCUCCAGGUGGGAACAGGAAUGCUCCCUACAAAAAAACAAAACAAAACAAAAACCACCCUGGAGAGCCACUGCCAGCCAGUGUAAACAAAAAGACAGCUUCCUAUCUUCCUGUAAGUUUCCCCCCAAAUUUCUCCCCUCCCCACAAGUCUGAGAAAGAUCUCCCAUCAUUUUCUAAAUCAAGGCGGGUGGCUUUUGCCCAAUUCUGUCAGCGAGGAGGACAAGAACACCGGAGGAAAUUAGGCACUCUGGCCUCUGCCGGAUGUGGUUAGACGGCUCCCCCAACCACCACAAGGGAGGGAGCAUGUUCAGUCUCUGCUUGACAGCUUGAUUCCUUCCAGUAUAAGGGCAAGACCAUAAAACAAAUAGAAAAUAAAUGGAGCCAAUAUAUCUUAUGAGUAAUUAGAACAAAAUGACAAACAAUAGGCUAUUAUUGUGCACAAAGGAGCUCAGGCACCCAUUCUGAGUGUAGCAGGCAAAUCCAUAUUAUUGCCUGAUGGGGCAUGUCCCUCAGGAAUGGCAUUUCUGAGCUCAGGGACCAGGCGCUGGCAAACUUUAUCCUGCCCAGGGGCCACAUUCAUGCAUAAACAGCCUUCUGGGGGCCAGAGGCAAAAAGUAGAUAAGGCAAACGAUCUGACUCUCACCUUUAUACACAAGCCAUGCAAAAUCCACACACACACACACUUCUCCUCCAGACAAGUUAGAGAGGCAUUGUCACGGUUUAAGGAUGCAGUCUUGUCACGGUCUGGCUGCACGUGGAGGGGUGGUGGGAGGUAUCAAUUUGGGAACCCCCAAGGGAACCCCCAGGGGAAGAAGGCUCAGAGCCAGGGGACUGGUGAUGGGAUGGCAUGAGUGGUCAGAUGGAGAAGAGGGAGCAGCCUGGGAGGAGGAGAUGUUGGAAGCUGAAAGGGUAACAAGGUUUAGUGAGCAGGGAGAGACUGCGGCAGAGAGCAGUCUAGACUCAGAGGCAGGAGAGGCCAGAGGCCAGGAGACAGAGGUGAGGCAGGCUGCUGAAGAAGCCAGGCAGUCUCCCCCUCCUGCUGCAACCAGCUCCCCUGCCCCCGGUCUCCCAGAACACGCAGAAAAAUGAAAAUGGCGGGGCAAUGAGGGGCAAGAUGAAGGAGCCUUAGGCUGUUGGGGGAGGAGCCUUAGGGAGCAAUGGGAAUGUGGUGACCUUCAGUCCUCACAACUGCCUUACUGGGAAGGGUUGCUGUGACCACUAGGGAUGAGCUGUUUUGUUUCUUUGAAUAAAGAACUUCACUGCUUUAUUGUUUUAUUGUUGAUCUACACCUGACUCCAAGGGAUGCGGAUGGCGCUGUGGGUUAAACCACAGAGCCUAGGACUUGCCGAUCAGAAGGUCGGCGGUUCGAUCCCUGCGACGAGGUGAGCUCCCAUUGCUCAGUCCCUGCUCCUGCCCACCUAGCAGUUCGAAAGUACCUCAAAGUGCAAGUAGAUAAAUAGGUACCGCUCCGGCGGGAAGGUAAACGGCGUUUCCGUGCACUGCUCUGGUUCGCCAGAAGCGGCUUAGUCAUGCUGGCCACAUGACCCGGAAGCUGUACGCCGGCUCCCUCGGCCAGUAAAGCGAGAUGAGCGCCGCAACCCCAGAGUUGGUCAUGACUGGACCUAAAGGUCAGAGGUCCCUUUACCUUUACCUUUACAUUUAUACCUGACUCCAGCUCCUGACAAAUCCAGGCAGGUAAAGCUAUCUGAGGAGGGGAUAAGCAAGGCCAGGGAGGGGGUUACCAGGGAAGGACUGAUGGCUGGGAAGAAUUCCAAGCAGGGUUGCAAUGGCCUGGGUUCAUAGGGGGUCAAUGACCCAUCACUAUUUCAGCAGCAAGGUCUCCAUCUUCAACAUCCUUGUUGUUGUUGUUUAGUCAUUUAGUCGUGUCCGACUCUUUGUGACCCCAUGGACCAGAGCAUGCCAGGCACUCCUGUCUUCCACUGCCUCCUGCAGUUUGGUCAAACUCAUGCUGGUAGCUUCGAGAAAACUGUCCAACCAUCUCGCCCUCUGUCGUCCCCUUCUCCUUGUGCCCUCCAUCUUUCCCAACAUCAGGUCUUUUCCAGGGAGUCUUCUGUUCUCAUGAGGUGGCCAAAGUAUUGGCUUCACAAUCUGUCCUUCCAGUGAGCACUCAGGGCUGAUUUCCUUAAGAAUGGAUAGGUUGGAUCUUCUUGCAGUCUUCUGGCAUAUGGCCCUUGGAUCUUCUGGCAUAUGGCCCUUCGAAGGUUGCUCAGGAGCGAAUGUGACCCUUUGUUGUUGUUGUUGUUUAGUCGUUUAGUCGUGUCCGACUCUUCGUGACCCCAUGGACCAGAGCACGUCAGGCACUCCUGUCUUCCACUGCCUCCCGCAGUUUGGUCAAACUCAUGCUGGUAGCUUCGAGAACACUGUCCAGCCAUCUUGUCCUCUGCCGUCCCCUUCUCCUCGUGCCCUCCAUCUUUCCCAACAUCAGGGUCUUUUCCAGGGAGUCUUCUCUUCUCAUGAGGUGGCCAAAGCACUGGAACCUCAGCUUCACGAUCUGUCCUUCCAGUGAGCACUCAGGGCUGAUUUCCUUAAAAUGGAUAGGUUUGAUCUUCUUGCAGUCCAUGGGACUCUCAAGAGUCUCCUCCAGCACCAUAAUUCAAAAUCAUCAAUUCUUCGGCUAUCAGCCUUCUUUAUGGUCCAGCUCUCACUUCCAUACAUCACUACUGGGAAAACCAUAGCUUUAACUAUACGGACCUUUGUUGGCAAAGUGAUGUCUCUGCUUUUUAAGAUGCUGUCUAGGUUUGUCAUUGCUUUUCUCCCAAGAAGCAGGCGUCUUUUAAUUUCGUGACUUCAGCAUCCUUGAGCCAUCCAGUCAGCAUGAUAGGGGACUUCUUUAAAUCACUGUAUGCUCCAAAGCUGUAUGCUCCAAAGUAGAACUAUAACCAGUACACAGAAGUUUGCUGUCUCCUGGCAGUGGAAACUGUUCCUAGUCCAUAGGCUUGAAUAUUGUUUUCUUCCAUUGUUCAGGUCUGGUGGCCCUGAUGAGAAGUCCCCAAGAUGCUUUCUGAAAGCCUAACUUUGAAAGAGCCAACUUGCACAGUCAUUUUUGUAACUCGAGCCUGGCAUUCUGCAGACCGAUGUGGAAAUACGGGACGCUUUUGAGGCACCUGAAUCUGGAAGUGUUUAAUGAAAAGGCCUCUCUGAAAAUUGGCUCGGCGAAGACACUCAAAAUAUUUAUGCUAUUUGAACGAAAACAGCCAAGAAUAGAUGAAACUCCAGUCACGGUGUACUGCAAAGAGCGACUUUGCUUUCAGAAUCCAUUACUUUUAUGGAGUUUUGUUAAAUUACAAAUAGUUUCCUAGAAAGAUUUUUGUUUUAAAAAAGCAAAC